AUGUCUCUGCCAACUACUGGAUUUACCUUUGGGUCUGCGUCGAGUGCUCAGAGCGUACGAGAUGUCAUCGCUUCUUACCGUCGAGCACAAUUUUUGGUUGUAGAAUCGACCUUGCCGUCUUCACCGGAUCUUACGGACUCUUUUGAUGAAGAAUCGGGCAGUAUUAUCGAGGAGGAGGACGAGUCGGAUGGCGAUUCGUUCACGCCGGCUCAACGUCAAGACGAUGAUGACUUCGUCGGCCAAUUCGAAUGGGACUCACUGAAUCCUGGGUCACCCUCUCCUAGGACACCACCGUCAGCCCUUUUCGUUCCUUCAUCUCCUCGGAGUACAUUCAUCAGUCCCCCUGUGAGCGUAUCUCCACCACCCCGAGCGGAUGAAGAGACGCCGCUGCUCCCCUCUUCAAAUGCCAUUCAAGAAGUAACAAGGCGCCCUUGUGGCUCGUCAACCUUCAAAGACUUCACUGUCUUCUGCUCCAAAGUACAAGUUUGGAGGGGCAAGUACAUUCGGUCAAACUGUAUGAAUAUUCAGUUCCAGUUUAUCGCUCAAGCUAAGAUCUUCCUCUACAGCUUUUCAACUCCUAUAGCUAUUCUAUUGGGGAUUGGAAUGCUCUCGACCCCUCUGGCCUUUGCAUACGCGGGGUGGAUACCUGGGACUAUACUAAUUGGCUUUUACGGUUUUGUUAGCUGUUACACAGCAAAAAUUCUGGCGCAAAUCAUCAGGGCUGACCCCCGGCUACGAUCCUACACCGACAUUGGACGGAAAGCCUUUGGUCCACGGUCAACAGGCAUAAUCAGUGCUAUCUUUUGUCUCGAAUUAUUCUCCGUCAGUGUGAUCCUCGUGACGUUGUACGCAGAUUCGUUGCAUGCCAUCAUACCCUAUUAUUCAUCGAACACAUAUAAAUUAUGGGGCUUGUUAAUCAUCUACGCUGAACAACUUAGAUUGAUCCCCACUGUUUUCUUGCCAUUAUCUCUUCUCUCAUAUACAUCCGUUUUGGGCAUUAUCUCAACUAUCCUGAUGAUAGCUGUGAUUCUCAUUGACGGUGCUACUAGAAAAGAGCAACCGGGAAGUUUAUGGUCGCCGGCCGAAACAUCUUUAGGCAUUGAGAGCUGGAGGCACCUUGGGAUAGCGUAUGGAUUAUUUAUGGCCGGGUUCUCUGGCCAUGCAGUUAUCCCGUCCCUCGUUCGUGACAUGGAAGAUCCAUCAGAGUUCGAUAAAAUGAUCACCUGGGCGUUUGUCGUUGCAACACUCAUCUAUGGGCUAAUUGGAUACGCGGGAUACAUCAUGUUUGGAAUAUCAGUUAGCGAAGAGAUUAGCAUGGAUCUGCUUAGCACGCCUGGGUACAAUCCGGCGUUAAACCAAGCUUGCCUUUGGAUGUUGGUGAUAAGCCCAAUGUCUAAAUUUGCGUUGGCCACUCAGCCGCUCAACGCCACUAUCGAGAUCCUACUCGGGAUCGACCUACCACCAGCAACACACGAAGAUGUUGCUAAAAGACUUGCCGAACCAUCACAUGGUACAUCAAGAAAGCGUAUAUUGGGUAUGAUCCUGCGAGUAGCCCUCACUGUGCUCUCUGUGGGCGUUUCUGUUCUGGUGCCCGACUUCAGCGCCGUAAUGGCCUUUCUAGGUUCAUUUUCGGCCUUCCUGAUAGUUGUGAUUGGACCCAUUGGUGCCCAUAUUGCUAUAAAAGGCUCUUGUGGUGUCUUUGAGGCGGUGGCUGUAGGUGUGGCUGUUGUGAUGGCUGGUUGGGGAACGGUAGCAGCAUUCUUAUCUGCUUGA